CCGCAGCGCUGCCGGCGGUCACCUGGGACUGUCGUGCAGCAGGACCGCGGCAAGGCAGGCGCGCUAGCUCUCGGAGCCAGAGCGGGGCUCGAACUCGAGGUGCGGGGGGCAGGCAAGGAGCGCGACUGUCCCCCUCCACGGGUCCGGCGGAGGAUGCGGGAGAGCACGUGGGUGUCGCUGCUGUUGCUGCUGCUGCUGCCCGCGCCACAGCGGGGCGGCCCCCAGGACGGUCGCGGGUCGCCGGAGCCGGAGCCAGAGCGCGGCCCGCUGCAGCCCUUCGACCUGCUCUACGCUAGCGGCGUGGCUGCCUACUACAGCGGCGACUACGAAGGUGCGGUGCGGGACCUAGAAGCCGCGCUGCGCAGCCACCGGCGCCUGCGAGACAUCCGCACGCGCUGCGCCCGCCACUGCGCCGCGCGCCGCCCGCUCGCGCCCCCAGGCGCCGGCCCGGGAGCCGAGCUGCCCUUCUUCCGCGCGGUGCUCGAACGAGCGCGCUGCUCCCGCAGCUGCCAGAGCCAGCGUCUGGGCGGCCCCGCGUCCCGCCACCGUGUCAGCGAAGACGUGCGCAGCGACUUCCAGCGCAGAGUGCCCUACAACUACCUGCAGAGGGCCUACAUCAAGCUCAACCAGCUCGAUAAAGCCAUGGAAGCAGCUCACACAUUCUUCAUGGCCAACCCCGAGCACAUGGAAAUGCAGCAGAACAUAGAAGACUAUAAAGCCACAGCAAGAGUGGAAGCCCCGUUAGUAGACAGAGAAGCCAAGCCACACCUGGAAAGCUAUAAUGCUGGAGUUAAACAUUAUGAGGCGGAUGACUUUGAAGCAGCCAUCAAGUACUUUGAACAAGCUUUAAGAGAAUAUUUCAAUGAAGAUAUGGUGUGCCGCGCUCUGUGUGAGGGGCCUCAGAGAUUUGAGGAAUAUGAGUAUUUAGGAUCUAAGGGCAGUCUUUAUGAGGCAAUCGCAGAUCACUACAUGCAGGUUCUGGUCUGUCAGCAUGAGUGUGUGAGGGAACUUGCCACCCGCCCAGGCCGCCUCUCACCAAUCGAGAACUUUCUUCCCUUGCAUUAUGACUACCUCCAGUUUGCCUACUACAGAGUUGGUGAGUAUGUGAAAGCCUUGGAGUGUGCCAAAGCCUACCUGAUGUUCCACCCAGACGACCAGGAUGUCCUGGACAAUGUAGACUUCUAUGAGAGUCUGCUGGAUGACAGCACUGACCCAGCAUCCAUUGAGGCCCGAGAGGAUUUAACAGCAUUUGUCAAACGUCAUAAACUUGAAGCUGAACUGAUCAAGUCAGCUGCAGAGGGCCUGGGAUUUUCAUAUUCUGAACCAAAUUACUGGAUCAGUUAUGGAGGACGGCAGGAUGAGAACCGAGUCCCUUCGGGAGUGAAUAUGGAUGGGGCAGAAGUUCACGGAUUGUCCAUGGGGAAGAAGUCACCACCCAAGAUAGGUCGAGAUCUUAGAGAAGGUGGCCCUCUGCUCUAUGAGAACAUCACCUUCGUCUACAACUCCGAGCAGCUGAACGGGACUCAGCGGGUUCUCCUAGAUAACGUCCUGUCGGAAGAACAGUGCCGGGAGCUGCACAGUGUGGCCAGUGGAAUCAUGCUGGUUGGUGAUGGAUACCGAGGGAAAACGUCACCCCACACACCCAAUGAGAAGUUUGAAGGAGCAACUGUUUUGAAAGCACUCAAAUUUGGUUAUGAAGGCCGGGUGCCACUGAAGAGUGCACGGCUGUUCUAUGACAUCAGCGAGAAGGCUCGGAAGAUUGUGGAGUCCUAUUUCAUGCUGAACUCAACCCUGUAUUUUUCCUAUACACACAUGGUCUGCAGAACAGCCCUGUCUGGGCAGCAGGAUCGAAGAAAUGACCUCAGUCACCCCAUUCAUGCGGACAACUGCUUGCUGGAUCCAGAAGCCAACGAAUGCUGGAAGGAGCCUCCUGCUUACACCUUUCGGGACUAUAGUGCUCUCCUGUAUAUGAAUGACGACUUUGAAGGAGGAGAAUUCAUCUUCACGGAAAUGGAUGCUAAAACUGUGACUGCCUCUAUAAAGCCAAAAUGUGGGCGAAUGAUCAGCUUCUCAUCUGGUGGCGAGAACCCUCACGGGGUGAAGGCAGUCACCAGAGGCCAGCGCUGUGCUGUGGCACUGUGGUUCACCCUAGACCCUCUCUACCGAGAAUUGGAGCGGAUACAGGCUGAUGAAGUGAUUGCCAUCUUGGAUCAAGAACAACACGGGAAGCAUGGACUGAAUAUUAACCCCAAAGACGAGCUAUAGAAAAGAGAGUAUUCUAUUGAAUAUUUAUUUAAAUAGAUAAUCUUAUGAGAACGUUUUUAUUUUUGUACAGAGCCGUGGUAUAAAUUAACAGGAUACUA